GGCAGUGGCUUCAUCAGAUGUUAUUGAGCAUGCGCGGUCCUUGCGCAUGCUCAGUGCACACCCCAACCAGCCCAUUCCUGGGGGGAGCCGUGUGCUGCUCCGGCCCGUGGCGAGGCGGCGCCGGGACCCUGCCCAGCCCGGAGCGGGAGCGGAGCUCGGCCGGGCCGGGCCCGCUGGAGAAGCCCCGCCCGCCUCCCCGGGGGGGCCAUGGCCGAGCGGGCCGCUGCCCAGACUCGGAGCAACAGGGUGUGAUGCCUUUCCAACCCCUUGCCGUCCCGGAACAAAGUGUGAGAGAAACUCAGCUGGGCACAGCAGCGAUUUCCCUGGCUGUAAUGACGUCAAUCCAAGCCCUGGAGAGGAAGGUGGAGGCUCACACCUCACGGUGGCUGAACCUGGAGGGGAGAACGGGGACGACUGAGAAGAAAUUAAUAGACUGUGAGAGGACAGUGGUGGAGUUUGGGAACCAGCUGGAGAGUAAGUGGGCCGUGCUGGAGACUCUGAUCCAGGAGAAUAAUCUGCUGCAGAGGAGGCUGGAGAACGUGGAGAACCUGCUGAAGAACAGGAACUUCUGGAUCCUGAGACUCCCCCCAGGCACUAAAGGGCUGGUCCCCCAGGUGCCGGUGACGUUCAAUGAUGUCUCAGUGUAUUUCAACGAGCAGGAGUGGGGGAGCUUAGAGGAAUGGCAGAAGGAGCUUUACAAGAACGUGAUGAAGGGGAAUUAUGAGACUUUGAUCUCGCUGGAUUAUGCCAUUUCCAAGCCUGACAUCUUAGCCCGGAUUGAACAAGGGGAAGAGCCAUGUAUCCGGGAUCAGCAGGACUCAGAGAGAGUAGAAAUCCCUGUGGAGCCUUGCACAGGCCCGGAAUCCCCCAGGUUGACAAGUGACGCUCUGUCAAAGAUCAAACAAGAGGAGGAGCCACAUGUGCAGGAUCAAGGUGCCUUGGAAGAAAGUAAAAUCCCAGCAGACCCACCACACUGCAGCCCAGAUGUUCCUCAUGGCUUCCUACCAGUCCUAACCAACUGCAGGCAGUUAAUCCCUCCCAUCACCCGUCCUUCCUCCGAGUGUUCGGAGGACUCAGUGAAGCAGAGCCGGUCUCCUCCUCUUCCCUCUGACGAAGUUCUCUGGGGCAGCCGGGACAGAGUCUGCCAGCAGCGUCGUUCCCUGUCUGCAAUGAGAGAGCUUUGGAACGUGGCUCUUACAGUUCAUGUGGGGUUGAAACUCAUCACUUCAGCUGAUGAUGAGGGGAUUGUGAUCAAAACCGAGGUGCAGCAAGUGGAGGAUGUGCCAGGGAUGUCGCUGGAGAGAGCAAAAGAGGAAGCUGUCCUGGAAUCCUGGGAGCGUGUCCAGGACCCUGGGGAGGAACUUUCUGAAAACCUGCAGGUGCUGGGGACGAUGUUGGGAGGAUUUGAAGAGGAGGAUUUCCAGGAUCCUGGGGAGGUAACAGCCCAGGAGGUUGCAUGCAGCUCAGUAACACAGCAGAGAAGCCACGCAGAGAGCAGGACAGGGACCUCCGCUCACCAGGAUGUGCCCCUGAUCCACCACCAGAGAAAGAGCACUCGAGAGAGACUGUUUGAGUGUACAGUGUGUGGGAAGAGCUUCAGGCUGAAGAUAAAUCUCAUCAUCCACCAGAAGGGCCACGCAGACGAGCUGCUGUACGAGUGCACACGCUGUGGGGAAAGUUUCAGAGCCAAGCAGAAAUUUCUGCUGCAUCUGCGACACCAGACAGCUGCGGGGGCCUGCACGCUCUCUGCUCCUCAGGAACGUUCAGGCCAAGCGGCUCCCCCUGCGUCCCAGCCCCGAAGCCAGACAGAAGAUGGUUCCAGCGGUAUCACCAAACGGCUCAAGAGGCUGGGUCACAAAUCGAGUCUGAGCAAAUUCCAGCCGCCUCCUGUGCAAAGGACGUACACGUGCAGGGAGUGCAUGGAGCACUUCUCUAAGAGUAGUUGCCUCGUCGUGCACAAAAGGAUGCACGCCAACCGCAGCAAGGGGUCGCUCAUACUGUGUCCAUACUGCAGCAAGACCUUCACCUGUCCCUCUGACCUCAUCCGGCACCAGAGGAUCCACACCGGGGAGCGGCCCUACCAGUGUGCCCAGUGUCACAAAACCUUCAACCGGCACCACCACCUUACGGACCACCAGAAAGUCCACACGAAGAGAGAGAAGCCCUAUCAAUGCAGCGAGUGCGGGAACACCUACAUCCGCAGGCAGCACCUCCUCAAGCACAAACGCAGCCACAGGAAGAAGAAAUCGUAACAGGCGAGAGAGCCGGUCUGCAGAAACACUGAGGGGUCAGCGGGGCAAUCUGCAGGAGGGAGACGCUGAAUGGCUCAACGGCUUCCAGUGUGAAUAGCUGCCUCUGGCCUGCCCACGCUCACAGCCAGCCAAGCUGGGGGGCUGCGCAGGUGUAGCCAAGGGGAGGAUUGGUCUUUGAUUUUUAAUGAUCUACGGCCAAUUCACCUGGGAGACUAGGGUGUCUGUUGAUUUCACCUUAUCCUGCGAAGGCAAUUAAGGCCAAGCCCUGGUGCGUCAGUGCCGAUGGUAAACCCAGGCGUGACAAUCCAGGCAGAUUUGUUCCUGGAUAAGAGGUUAGAAUAAAGUGACUACACUGCAGCAGGACGUCACGAUCGCAGGAGCAUGAACUGGCGGCAAAUGAAUAUUGAAGUGAAAAGCUCCGGUUUUAAUGGGACAAUACAAAUGGAUGGAGCAUGGCGGGUGGCUUGCAGCAGCGGAUAAGUGACUCCGUGUUUAGCAGUUAAUAUGUGUCAGUAUUUAAACAGAUUCCAAAGCCGGGUGGGCACAUUGGGGUCACCUGGUCUGACUGCCUGUAUAACGCACACCACUUGACUUCGGCUGAAAUAGAGCAACACUUCUUUUUUUUUUACAAAAUAGCCCCAUCUUGAUUUAAAAUUGUUAAUCACCUGGGAACCUGGGGCUCCACCUUCGGCGGCAGGGCUGGGCUGAGAGGGGAGGGCUCUGCUCUCACUGUGUUACUCACGCGCUGUGAAGCCAGGUGCUAGUUUGCCGGUGCAGGGUCCUGGCCCAUGUGUGCUGCUAGGGCUGUGUGUGUUAAAAGCUGCCAGCGGCCCAGGGUGGGGGUGGGGCAAGAGGAAAGGAGAGACGUAGAGGAGGGAAGAUGACUGACGAUAGCAAAGAGCAGGGCUGUGUAGAGAUGCGACAAAAGGGGCCAGGCUGGAGGUUCAUAAAACAAGGAAGGGGCAGGAGCAGGUGCCUUGGUGCACCUGGUCACCCCAAUGGAAGAACAGGGAGCUGCUAAGGGAAAGGCAGAGGCAGCCUCUGGGCAAGGGAAACGUUCCUUUACAAAGCAAUUAGCCCGCGGGACCCCGCGCCACAAGAGCGCCCUGGCGGGGAGGAGGCAUUAGGAUGCAGCGCAGCAGGCAGCCUGUCUCUCAUUUCUGGUUUCCUGGCCCAGGUGUGAGUCCCGGGGAGGCGGCGUUGGCUGGUGACGGCAGGAGU